CACUGAUGAUCAGUGUGCCCUGAUGAUCUGUGUAGCCCCAGCAGCGCCACCUGUCAGUGUCCAUCUGUGCCAGCUCUCAGUGCUCAUCCAUGCCACCUGCCAGUGCCAAUCAGUGCCACAUAUCAGUGCCCAUCUGAGCUGCCUUUCAGUGUCACCCAUCAGUGCCAUGCCAGUCAGUGCCAGCUAUCAGUGCCGCCUAUCAGUGCCAUAUAUGAGUGCUGCCUUUCAGUGCCCAUCAGUGAUGCCUGCCAAUGCCCAUCAGUGCCACCUACCAGUGCCUCCUCAUCAGUGCCCAUCAGUGCCACCUAUCAGUGUCCAUCAGUGCAGCCUAUCAGUGCCCAUCACUGCAGCCUCAUUAGCGCACAUCAGUGAAGGAGAAAAAAAUCACUUAUUUACAAAAUUUUAU